CAUCCCUCCACGCCCCCUUGGGUGGAGCUCCUCCCCACCUUUGGAAUUAAACUCACUUAGGACUUCGGGCUACGGGACUGCAAAUCCGUGCUUGUGGCUUACUGAACUCCGCGUCCCCACGGCUUCCAGGAUCAUGUGGUACACCAGCACCAGGGGAAUGGCCCCACGGGUCAACUUUGAGGGAGCCCUCUUCUCUGGCUAUGCACCAGAUGGGGGCCUCUAUGUGCCAGAGGAGCUCCCACAGCUGGACAGGGAGACCCUGCGUCGCUGGAGCACGCUUUCCUAUCGCAGCCUGGUGAAGGAGCUGUGUGCCCUCUUCAUUGGCCUAGAGCUCAUUCCAAGAGAUGACCUAAAUGAUCUGAUUGACCAAGCCUUCAACCGAUUCCGCCACAAAGAUGUGGUCCAUCUGUGCAGGCUGAAGAAUGGGCUGAACAUAUUGGAGCUGUGGCAUGGGGCCACAUACGCCUUUAAGGACCUGUCCCUAUCCUGCACAGCUCAGUUCCUGCAGUACUUCCUGCAGAAGAGGAAGAAGCAUGUCACCAUUGUUGUAGGAACUUCUGGGGACACGGGAAGUGCUUCCAUUGAGAGUGUUCAGGGAUGCAAGAAUAUGGACAUCAUUGUUCUGUUGCCCAAAGGCCUUUGCACAAAGAUUCAGGAGCUCCAGAUGACAACGGUGCUGAAGGAGAAUGUCCAUGUGUUUGGAGUGGAAGGAAACAGUGAUGAACUCGAUGAACCCAUCAAGGCCGUGUUUGCUGAUGUGCCUUUUGUCCAGAGGCACAACCUGAUGAGCUUGAACUCCAUCAACUGGUCUCGGGUCCUGGUGCAGAUGGCACACCACUUCUUUGCUUAUUUCCAGUGUGCGCCCUCCUUGGACACGCACCCCCUACCCCCUGUGGAGGUGGUUGUGCCAACAGGAGCUGGGGGUAACCUUGCAGCUGGGUGCAUUGCUCAGAAGAUGGGCCUGCCUAUCUGCCUGGUUGUGGCAGUAAACAGCAAUGACAUCAUCCACAGGACUGUCCAGAAGGGAGACUUCUCUCUGGGUGAGGUUGUCAAGCCAACCCUGGCAUCUGCUAUGGACAUUCAGGUACCUUACAACAUGGAGAGAAUCUUCUGGCUGCUCUCUGGCUUUGACAGCCAGGCAACAAGAGCCCUCAUGGAGCAGUUUGAAAGAACCCAAAGUGUACACCUACCCAAGGAGCUACAUAGCAAGCUUUCCCAGGCAGUGACAUCCGGGUCGGUGUCUGAUGAAGCCAUCACCCAGACCAUGAGCCGCUGCUGGGAGGAGAACCAGUACCUGCUGUGCCCCCACUCAGCCACAGCGGUGAACUACCAUUACCAGCAGACUAACAAUAGGCAGUCCAGUACCAUCUCCCGGUGCUGCCUGGCCUCUGCCUCUGCAGCUAAGUUCCCAGAAGCAGUCAAGGCUGCUGGACUGACUCCCCAGACUCCUGCAGAGAUCCUAGCCUUGGAGCACAAGGAGACGCGCUGCAUCCCGAUGCGGAGAGGGGAUGACUGGAUGCAGAUGCUGCGGAACACAAUUGAGGGCCUGUCCCAGCGGUGGGAAGGUUGUGCUGUGAACCCCUCACAAUAGCCAGGCUGCGACUGGCUGGGACAAGAUGGCGCAGUAAUUAAGAACUCUUGCUCUUGGGUCUUCCAGAGGACCCAAGAUUAGUUUCAAGUACCCAAGUCAGGUGGCUCACAACCAUGUAUGACUCUAGCUGUAGGGGUUCUGACACCUCUAGCCUCUGUGGGCAGUACACUCAUGUGCACAGAUACACAUACAGACACACAUGCCUACCUAUAAUAUAGAAUAAUGAAAAUAAAUCUUUUUUAAAAGUU